CAAACGUUCAGACAAAUGAUUCGCACCGGCUUCCAGUUCUGUUGUGGUGUAUAUGGAUGAACUUCCUUUAUCAGAUCAUAUGAGAUGAUUCUACUGCCGCGGUAUUCCGCCAACUUAAAUUUCAUCCCGACUUCAAAACUCAAACUCGGUGAACCAAUCCAACUACCGGCAAGGAUAUCGUGAUUGCGACCAGGCCAAACCACAACAACAACUACCUACUACCGGCAAUUGGGAGGGAGGCAAAAGAAAUGGUUCAAUACAUCUUCACACCCUGGCGCGACCGCCGCGAACUCCUCGCCGUUCGCCGGCAAUUUUACCCGCAUCAGUACGAAAACCAGGCAGCAGCAUCACAACCCCAACAACUAUCACAAAGAGGAGGAGCAGGAGCAAAACGCCAGGCACAACAUAAGCAGCGCACCACCACCACCGCACGAAAACGCGCAAGAACCGACAACGGCAACGGCAACGAAGCCGGCAACAUCAGUGUGAAAACCGAUAGCGAUGACAACAAUGACCGACAAGAAAACAGAGACCAACGCCGCCUAGCCGUCGCCCGCGUCUCCAUGUGGAUGCAGCGCGGCAACUGUCCGCACAUGGUCGAGUCGACCGCGCUGCUCAUGGCCGCGAUUCUGUCAGACGAAGAGCAGACCGGCACUUCGGGCACUUCGGGGGGCACUUCCGGGAUGGGCAUGGGCAUGAUGGCCACCAGGGGAAUAAUGGAUGGGUUAAGUGGUAGUGGGAUUGGGGUUAUGAGCUCGAGUUAUGCGGUUAGGGCGGCUUAUUCUGCUGCUUUUAGUCGCUUCGUAACAGGCCUCCUAGACUCCAACCAAGAUAAACAGCGCAAGAUGUCCAUGUACGGCGUCGCCAAGAGCGUUGGAUUACCGGCGACUUUUGUCGAGCUGAGGCAUCAGGCUACGCAUGAGCAGCUGCCGAGUUUGACUAGACUGAGAACGGCGGCGAAGAAGGGGUUGGAGUGGAUUUGGGAGUAUUAUUGGAUGCAUUUGCCGGAGGUUGAGGGGGCAGAAAUGAAGGGGGAGGAGGGGGAGGGGGACGAUGUUUUGAUGUUGGAUAAGGAUGAUGAUGCUGGGGGAGGGGAAGGGGAGGGUGAGGGUGCUGAUGAGGGUGCUGAGGAAGGAGGUGAUGGUGAUGACGAGGGACCGGCAUGGCGGUUGUAUGGGGAGGGGUGGGUGCCUAAGCCUAUUGGUGUUGUUUGAGGUUUGAAU